GGGAGAGAGAGAGAGAGAGCUAUAAGAGGCUCUUCCUCCUCUUCCACCUCCUCCUCCUCGCCCCGGCAUGGGUUCGGUUCUCCUGGGUUCUCCCGGCCCGGGCCCGGCAAAGGCGCCAUGCGCGAGGCCUCACCUGGCAGAUAUCAUCACGUCCGACGUCGUGCACAGCUUCCUGUACGGACGCUGGAGGCGCGUGCACGGCGAGCAACAGCAGCUCACUCACGAGGACCGCGCGGUGGCGGCGGCGGACACCGCGAGCACGAGCCCCAAAACGGCUUUUACCGCCGAGGUGCUCGCCCAGUCCUUCUCUGGAGAGGUCCACAAGUUGUCCAGCCUGGUUCUUCCCAGCGAGGUGAUCAUCGCCCAAAGCUCCGUUCCAGGGGAAGGUUUAGGAAUCUUCUCCAAGACGUGGAUCAAGGCGGGAACGGAGAUGGGCCCUUUCACGGGCCGCCUGGUGUCUCCUGACCACGUGGACGUGUACAAGAACAACAACCUCAUGUGGGAGGUGUUCAACGAGGACGGCGGCGUGCGGUUCUUCGUGGACGCCAGCCAGGAGGAGCACCGCAGCUGGAUGACGUACAUCAAGUGCGCGCGCAACGAGCACGAGCAGAACCUGGAGGUGGUCCAGAUGGGCAGCGCCAUCUUUUACAAGGCCAUGGAGACCAUCCCCCCAGACCAGGAGCUGCUGGUCUGGUAUGGAAAUUCCCACAAUACCUUCCUGGGGAUUCCUGGCAUUCCGGGAGGAGACGAGGAGCAGGGAAAGAAGAGCAAAACCGAUGACUUCCACCCCUGCGAAAGCUCCGCCUCUUCCUCCGUGUCCUCGGCGGCAGCGGCGGGCCUGGGGCGCAUGCGCUGCGUCAUCUGCCACCGCGGCUUCAACUCACGCAGCAACCUGCGCUCGCACAUGCGCAUUCACACGCUGGACAAGCCUUUCGUGUGUCGCUUCUGCAACCGCCGCUUCAGCCAGUCGUCCACGCUGCGCAACCACGUGCGCCUGCACACGGGCGAGCGCCCGUACAAGUGCCACGUGUGCCAGUCGGCCUACUCGCAGCUGGCGGGCCUGCGGGCCCACCAGAAGAGCGCCAGGCACCGGCCCGCCGCUGCCGCCUCCACUAGGGCACUGGUGGUAGUGGGAGGGGCAUGCGGCGUGCACGAGGACCACUCCCCUCCUGCUCCUCACCCACCGCAGCUGGUGGCCGUGUCUCACCCCGCCUCGCUGGUGCACCACAUCCCUGCCAUGGUGCUGUGAUGCCACAGGAAGUGCUUUCUCCACUGACAGCUAGCACAGCGCUAAAACCUUCUUAAAUGGAGUUAGCAUGAGCCAGCUAAUCUGUCAGCAUAAAGUAUAAAGGCUAUGCUGAAGUGGUAGCCUAGCAUGCUAGUGUUUUGUGUUAUGUCUUUUAUGAAGAUGUGGUGCAUGCUAACGUGUGUAAAUAUACAUGUAUAUCCUAAU